AUGCCCGCUUACAAUUCUGUUGCUAUCUGCGCACCACCUCGAGAAGCGGAUGCCGACAAGAAGCUCUCGGCCGAGGAAGAGGAAGCACGGCGGAUCGCUGAGAUGGGGAAGCCCAUCCUGGGGGAAAACUGCCGCCUCGAAGUCAUCAUUGAGGAAUCCUACGACUUCAAGAACACAGUGGACAAACUCAUCAAGAAGACAAACCUGGCUCUGGUGAUCGGCACACACUCCUGGCGGGAACAGUUUCUAGAGGCAAUCACCGUGAGUGCAGGAGACGAGGAAGAUGAGGAAGACGGGCGUGAGGAACGCCUCCCCUCCUGCUUCGAUUACGUCAUGCACUUCCUGACGGUCUUCUGGAAGGUUCUCUUCGCCUGCGUGCCGCCCACCGAGUACUGGAACGGGUGGGCCUGCUUCAGCGUCAGCAUCCUGGUCAUUGGGCUGCUGACGGCGCUCAUUGGGGACCUGGCCUCCCACUUCGGCUGCACCGUCGGCCUCAAGGACUCUGUCAACGCCGUGGUCUUUGUGGCGCUGGGCACGUCCAUACCAGACACCUUUGCCAGCAAAGUGGCCGCCCUCCAGGACCAGUGUGCCGACGCCUCCAUCGGCAACGUGACUGGGAGCAACGCCGUCAACGUCUUCCUGGGCCUGGGCGUGGCCUGGUCUGUGGCGGCCAUUUACUGGGCCUUCCAAGGCAAAAACUUCGAGGUGGAGACGGGCAGCCUGGCCUUCUCCGUCACGCUCUUCACCAUCUUCGCCUUCGUCUCCAUCAGCGUUCUCAUGUACCGCCGCCGGCCGAGCAUAGGGGGCGAGCUGGGGGGUCCCCGAACCCCCAAAAUUCUCACCACUUGCCUCUUCAUGGGCCUCUGGUUCGUCUACAUCCUCUUCGCCAGCCUCGAGGCCUACUGCCACAUCAAGGGCUUCUGAGGACCGCCGGGGUGAACGCGUGGGGUGGGGCUUGG